AUGCCGCCAGCACAGAACGUGGGUAUCAAGGCCCUGGAGGUCUACUUCCCCAGUCGAUAUGUACCCCAGGCCGAGUUGGAGUCCUUCCUCGGAGCCAGCGCAGGAAAGUACACGAUCGGACUGGGCCAGCAAAACAUGAGUUUCUGCGAUGACCGCGAGGAUCUCUACUCCCUCGCCUUGACGGCCGUCUCCUCCCUCCUCCGCAAGUACGCGAUCGACCCGCACACCAUCGGCCGCCUCGAGGUCGGCACCGAAACCAUCCUCGACAAAGCCAAGUCCUGCAAGACGGUGCUCAUGCAGCUGUUCGGCGACAACACCGACAUCGAGGGCAUCGACACAUACAACGCCUGCUACGGCGGGACCAGCGCCCUGCUCAACGCGGUCAACUGGGUCGAGUCGUCCGCCUGGGACGGCCGCGACGCCAUUGUCGUCGCCGGCGACAUCGCCCUGUAUGACACGCCGGCGGCGCGGCCCACGGGCGGCGCUGGCUGCGUGGCCAUGCUCAUCGGGCCCGAUGCGCCGCUCGUGCUGGAGCCGUUCCGCGGCUCGUGCAUGAAGCAUAUGUAUGAUUUCUACAAGGCGGAUUUCAAGUCCGAGUACCCGCUGGUCGACGGGCAGUUUUCCAACACGUGUUACCUGGGGGCGCUGGACCAAUGCUACCAGCGGUAUCAGAGUAAGCAGCGUGCCCGGGCGGGCGCGGAAGAACCGAAGCAGAAUGGCAAUGGUCACCAGGGCAGUUUUCUGGACACCUUUGACUAUUUUGUCUUCCAUGCACCGAACUGCAAGCUCGUGUCCAAGGGAUACGGUCGCUUGCUGUUCAACGACUUCAAACUCGAGCCCGCGUCCUUUGAUGACGGAGUACCGUCCCCGGUCCAAGAACUUGACUUCACCGAGUCGUUGACCGACAAGGCCCUGGAGAAGCUGUGUAUCGCUCUCACCAAGGAGCGGUUCGCGCGCCGUGUCGAGCCCUCGCUGACGCUGCCGACCAACUGCGGCAAUAUGUACACGGCCAGUGCCUAUGCGGGCCUGAUCAGCCUGAUCAGCAACAUCCCCAGCGACCAGCUGCAGGGUCGCCGCAUCGGCGUAUUCAGCUACGGCAGUGGUCUCGCCAGUACCCUGUUCAGCGUUCGGGUGCAUGGGGAUACGGCGGCAAUGGCGCGGAAGAUCAACCUGCAUGACCGCUUGGGCGCACGUACGGCGGUAUCGCCGGCAUUUUACGAUCAGAUGUGUAAACUUCGCGAGACGGCAUACCAGCAGAAGAACUAUGUUCCCACGGGCGACGUGGAGAGUCUCGCGCCGGGAACUUACUACCUGGGGCAUGUAGACGAGGUAUUUCGCCGACGACCGACGAUUACCUACGGGCUUAGGAUUCUCCUUGAGCAAGGCCGGUUAGAACUUUAG